AUGCACUUUUCGAGCAAGCUCGCGAACAAAUGUUGCAGCCUCCCUUUAUGCGUACGACACAAUCGGAUGGCUGUUAUCGGCAAAUCAGUGCACUGCAAGACAUCUGAUCCGGUUUCGUUGCCUGUGAUCCGCCCGUCGGUACAGACUGGCUGUUGUAUGGUCGAGCUGACCCUGGCGACUGGAAACAAGACGGAGCAGCAAACGAGCAACCUUGUCCAGCAACAAUCAGCAUACAGGCCUAGCUCGAAUCCAAAUCAGCCUGUUCCGCGUGCCCAUUAUGCAUCGGGAGUUGGUCUUCUAGACGGGAUUUUAUUUUCGGAUCUUAGUUGA